CAGCUCCCUCCGCCUCCGUCCAGACCCGGUUCCCCCCGCUCUCCCGCACACGCCAGCCAGACGCGGACCCGUCCGCCCUCGUGCAGCGCCGCCUCGUCCCCAGCUUGUACGUGGGGAGGGACCCAGUGCCCCGAGUAUGGGCACGCACCCCCCAGCUUACGCUAGCCAGGCUGAUUUCGACAGUGCUGCAGAAGAUGUAAAAAAAUUAAAAACGAGGCCAAGUGAUGAUGAACUGAAAGAACUAUAUGGACUCUACAAACAGUCUACAAUUGGAGAUAUUGAUACUGAGUGUCCAGGAAUGCUAGAUUUGAAAGCCAAAGCCAAAUGGGAAGCUUGGAACCUUAAAAAAGGUUUGUCAAAGGAGGAUGCUAUGACUGCCUAUAUUUCUAAAGCAAGAGAGAUGAUAGAAAAAUAUGGGAUCUAGGAAACUCCACAAUAAUACUCAUUAAUAAUUCAAUAACUCUUCAGUAGCUAAUGAACUAACUCUUUUGAGGAAAAAAUGCAAUACUAACAAUUUCAUGUUUAAUUAGACACGAAGAAUUAUUUACCUAUACAGGAAUAUUUACACAUGCACUGUACUUAAGACACUAAAUUGUACUUAUUUUAAAUAAAUUGUUACCUACAAGAUUUAUUUAGGA